GUGAUGAUGUGAUUAUUCUUUCUGAUCUGCCUCAGUAUGUCAAGAAUACAUUUUCGAUAUUACGUUCAAUCUGUGAAGUCUGAUAUUCCAUUCAAAAUUGGAAUAUGUGGCAACCUUGCCAACUAACCUCACAUUCUGAGCCUCAUCUUUCUAUGCUAUGUAAACUGAACAUUAUUGAUGUUCUAAACUUAUAUUUGUGUCUCGUGAUUGUUUAGCUAAGUUUAUAAAAUGCCUUACAAGUGCUGCGUUCCUAAUUGUGUCGGUAACUACGGGAAGGGUCCGAAGGUACACGUAUUUUCGUUUCCAUUGAACGAAAACUGUCGUAAAGGAUGGCUCAAUGCAAUCCCUCGUAGUGAUUUAGUGGCUACAAAAUACACCCGAGUAUGUAAUUUGCACUUUGCUGAGGACAGCAUCAUUUGGGAAUCCACCUUCCAUGACGAAAAGGCAGGACAUAUCAAGCAGAAGAAGCCGAUAUGAGAAAUUGAGGGACAAGGCACAAGAACAACUACUUAAAG